AUUUCUACAUGGUCCGUACCAUCGUUAUCUGAAAAAUCCCAAACAGAAAUCUCUUCUAGCUAAAAUAUCCCAAACCGAAAAAAGGAAAAAUUAUUUCCGAAUUGAAAUUCGGACAAUUCCUCGCAUUGCCUUUGAGUUCGGAGAAAUUUCGAUCAAAUUAUGGGGUGAACUGGUGAACCCAAUCCCGAUCAGGUAUGGAGUGGGACAGCAACUCGGAUUUCAGCGGAGACGAAGAGGGAUUGGAGGAGGAAGAGGAAGAAAAGCUAGGGUUUGUGCUCAGUAGCAAUGGCGACGGUCCGCCACUUCCCUUGCCGGUUGAUUCGCUUCUUCAGCCUGCGCCGUGCGGCUUCGUGGUUGCCGACAUGCUCGAGCCGGAUCAACCCGUUAUUUAUGUAAAUUCGGUGUUUGAGAUGGUCACUGGUUACCGAGCCGAAGAGGUCCUUGGCCGAAACUGUCGGUUUUUGCAAAGUAGGGGUCCUUUUGCUAAAAGAAGACAUCCAUUAGUGGACUCAACUGUAGUUGCUGAAAUAAGAAGAUGCCUUGAAGAGGGGCUUGAAUUCCAAGGCGAAUUAUUAAAUUUUAGAAAAGAUGGAACUCCGUUGAUGAAUAGACUGCGCUUGACUCCUAUAUAUGGAGAUGAUGACACAAUUACUCAUGUUAUAGGUAUCCAGUUUUUUACAGAAGUGAUUCUUGAUCUAGGCCCACUGCCAGGGUCUUCAGCCAAGGAGUUUACAAGAUCAUCUGUUAGGCACUGCUCUAGUCUUUCCUCUUGUGGGCCAAUUUCUAAUGGAAACCUGAAUAUUGCUUCUGGAGUUUGUGGGAUCCUACAGCUGAGUGAUGAAGUUCUUUCUCUCAAGAUUCUUUCACUAUUGACCCCAAGAGAUAUUGCAUCUGUUGGCUCUGUAUGUAGAAGGCUCUAUGCUAUGACAAAGAAUGAAGAUCUCUGGCGUAUGGUUUGUCAAAAUGCAUGGGGUAGUGAAACAACUUGUGUAUUAGAGGCAGUGCCUGGAGCAAAGAGAUUAGGGUGGGGUAGAUUGGCAAGGGAAUUGACUACACUUGAAGCAGUGGCUUGGAAGAAGUUAACUGUUGGAGGUGCUGUUGAACCUUCACGCUGCAACUUCAGUGCAUGUGCAGUUGGAAAUAGGGUAGUUCUUUUUGGUGGAGAAGGGGUCAAUAUGCAACCCAUGAAUGAUACAUUUGUUUUGGACUUGAAUUCCAGUAGUCCAGAGUGGAAGCAUGUCAAAGUGAGCUCUCCUCCUCCUGGGCGAUGGGGUCACACACUUUCAUGUGUGAAUGGAUCUCAUCUUGUUGUAUUUGGUGGCUGUGGGACACAGGGCUUAUUGAAUGAUGUCUUUGUGCUAGAUUUGGAUGCCAAACACCCCACCUGGCGUGAGAUCUCUAGUUUGGCCCCACCACUUCCAAGAUCUUGGCAUAGCUCCUGCACACUCGAUGGGACCAAGUUGAUAGUUUCUGGAGGUUGUGCAGAUUCUGGAGUGCUUCUCAGUGACACUUUCCUGCUUGAUCUAUCAAUGGAGAAACCUAUGUGGCGAGAGAUACCAGUCGCAUGGACUCCACCUUGUCGUUUGGGACACACAUUAUCUGUUUAUGGUGGCCGGAAAAUUUUGAUGUUUGGGGGACUUGCUAAGAGUGGCCCUUUGCGUUUUCGAUCUAGUGAUGUAUUCACAAUGGAUUUAAGUGAGGAGCAACCAUGUUGGAGAUGUGUAACAGGGAGUGGAAUGCCUGGUGCUGGAAAUCCUGGGGGCAUUGCUCCUCCACCCAGGCUUGAUCAUGUGGCAGUAAGCCUCCCUGGUGGUGGAAUCCUGGUCUUCGGUGGGUCUGUUGCCGGUCUUCACUCGGCCUCACAGCUCUACAUCCUAGAUCCAGUAGAAGACAAGCCUACAUGGAGGAUUUUGAAUGUGCCUGGUCGACCUCCAAGAUUUGCUUGGGGACACAGUACUUGUGUAGUUGGCGGAACUAGAGCAAUAGUCCUAGGAGGUCAGACUGGAGAAGACUGGAUGCUAAGUGAACUGCAUGAAUUGUCCUUAGCAAGUUCUACUAUAUAAUGAAGAGAAAAGCGAGAUCAAUAUCCAUAUGCUUGAAAUAAAGAUUAUCUUUGAGCGAAGCACCCUAUCUACACCCUUUUUGCUUGCCUCAAAUGGAAUAUCAGUAUCCAUUGGUUAGUUGCUGUUCUUUUAUUUAUACUGUUGAGCAGCUCCUGGACAUUACAAGUGGUGGAUCAUCUGAGCAUAAUUCUCCAAAAGGCUUGCCUGAAAUAGAUUUUUAUGCCUGCACUUGGAAUUAUCUUCCCUUUUCAGCUAGCAACAGUCAAUAGAGUAGAAUGAAUAUUUUCUAAUUCUAGGUUUAGUUCAUCCUGUAUGGCAUCUGGUGUUAGUGGUUCAGGUCCAUGGGACAGCAUAUCAAAGCAACAAAGUGAAAGGUAAAGGGAAAAGAGAAAAAGUAUGGAAACAGAAGCAUGCAUUACGUUUUGAUGGUUAGGUGAAGAUGAUGAUUUUGUUUCGUUGUAA